ACAUCGACUGACUGCGAGAAGGGGGAGACGCUCCAUCGCGCGCAGGACAACAAUAUAUAUCUAGACCCGGAGACCUCUCCGUUCUUUUGAAAAUACAAAAUAGCCACCUUGCUUGUACCGUUGGCGGUCGGAAGAGUGUGAGAGAGUGCCUUUCUUUUGCUCGUUUUGUUUACGUCAAGGGGACUGAAGUUUACGGAGGCAGUGGUUCUCUCGGCGCAAAUAGGCUACAACAAUCGUAACUCGAUCUCCCCCCGUUUUGUGUCGUCUGUGGUUGGUAGAGUCCUCAGUAGUUACACAUGUGUGGUUGUCACUGCUGGACGGUGUCAUGCUCGAAUCCUCUGCUUCUUGCACUGCGCUGUCCUCUUCUGUUGAGUGAUCAGACAGUCUUCACUGUUGUUCCCGGGCAGUGAAUACCUGUCAACACCCCGUCGGCGACAUUGAAAACAGCGACGAAUUGCCUAGAAGUUGGAGCAUCGUUUGGUGAAGUUUUGACCCACCGGUACUGAACAACAAUGGGAUUCUAAUCGGACAAAUCCACGCCAGGUAGCCGAGCCUAAGCGGAGCGGGUUGGGCGGACCCUCCCUCCUACACCCCCCCAUCCUCCUACUCCUCCAGCGUCCCGAUCCGUGCCGUGUUUGUGUCUAUCCGCCGGGGUCGGCGAAGCAUGCUGGCAGUAUGGACGUGAAGGAACGCAGGCCCUACUGCUCGCUGACCAAGAGCAGGCGCGACAAGGAGCGGCGCUACACGGGCUCGUCCGGCGACAGCGAGGAGUGCGGCAGCGGCGGUCCGGGACCGAGGGUACCCACCCAGAAGUCGUACAGCUCCAGCGAGACACUCAAGGCCUUCGACCACCAGGACUCUUCCAGACUAUUGUACAGCAGCAGAGUGAAGGAGAUGGUGCACCGUGAACAGGACGAGUACAACCGACAAGGGCAGAACUUCAACCUGAGACAACUGGGGAUCUGCGAGCCGUCCACGCGCCGCGGCCUGGCCUUCUGCUCCGAGAUGGGCCUCCCCCACCGCGGCUACUCGGUCGGCGCCGGGUCCGACGUGGACACCGAGAACGAGGGCGUGAUGUCACCGGAGCGUGCCAUGCGGCUGUGGGGCCGUGGGGUGAAGUCGGGCGGCCGGAACUCGUGCCUGUCCAGCCGGUCCAACUCGGCUCUGACCCUCACCGACACAGAGCACGAAAACAAGUCGGACAGCGAUAAUGGUUCUCCCAUGCCAUCCUCUCUACCCAGCCCAUCAGUUACUGACCAUUCACACUCGCAACCACCAUCACCCAAUCUCCAUGACAACCAGAGCUCGUUGCUAAGUAGCGCCAGCGCCCAUCCAGCGGUCCAUGAGUCGGACGAGGAAGAGUACACAGCCACGCUGUACUUACCUGUAACACAGGUCACAGCUCACAGCCACCACGGCCUCGCCUGUAAUGAGCAACCGCCCAAUCACCAUCAGCAGGGCCAGUCCACGCUGCCGCCAGCCCCGCCUCCCCACAAGCAGCAGCCAUCGGUCACCGCGCUCAACCACAACUCCCUGAGCAGCCGCAACCGUAAACCCAGCCCGGCCCCACCGGCCGCCCUCCCCGCCGAGCUGCAAACCACACCCGAGUCCGUGCCGCUGCAGGACAGCUGGGUCCUGGGCAGCAAUGUGCCACUGGAGAGCAGAAAAUUAGCAAAGCAAGCCGUUCUGGAAAACGGGCAUGACAACCUGAUAGAGAUGGAUGUGUUCCCUCCCGCGUGCCACGAAGGUGCCUAUGGGGAUGGGCACUUCCUCUUCAAGACAGGCACCGGCACGACACCUCUGUUCAGCACGGCUACUCCAGGCUACACCAUGGCAACGGGCUCCGUCUACUCGCCGCCCACGCGACCCCUACCCAGAAACACCCUCUCCCGCUCCGCCUUCAAGUUCAAGAAGUCCUCCAAGUACUGCUCGUGGAGAUGCACUGCUCUCAGCGCCGUGGGACUGUCCGUCCUGCUGUCUGUCCUGCUCUGCUAUUGCAUAGCCAUGCAUCUGUUUGGUCUGAACUGGCAAAUGCAGGGGACAGAGGGCUACGGCUUUGAGAACGGUCAGGGGAGGUCAGACACCACACCCAACACCAUCACCGCACUGUCUGCUGAUAACGGUAAAGUAGGGGUGUUCCUGCAGGAGAACAACACCAUAGACACGGGGGAGGUGGACGUGGGGCGCAGGGCCCUUCAGGAAGUCCCACCAGGGAUCUUCUGGCGCUCCCAGCUCUACAUUGACCAGCCCCAGUUCCUCAAGUUCAACAUCUCAGUGCAGAGGGAUGCGUUGGUGGGGGUCUACGGCAGGAAGGGCCUGCCCCCCUCGCAUACACAGUAUGACUUUGUGGAGCUGCUGGAUGGCAGUCGCCUGAUCACCAAGGAGAAGCGCGGGCUGGUGGAGGUGGAGGGCGUGUCAAGGCGGGCGCGCUCGGUGAGCGUGCACGAAGCGGGCUUCAUCCAGUACCUGGACUCUGGCAUCUGGCACCUGGCCUUCUACAACGACGGGAAGAACUCAGAACUGGUCUCCUACAACACCAUUGUCAUAGAGUCCGUUAUGGAGUGUCCCCACAAUUGCCAUGGCAACGGCGACUGUCUGUCUGGAACGUGUCAUUGCUUCCCAGGGUUCCUUGGGCCUGAUUGCUCAAGAGCUUCGUGCCCCGUGCUGUGCAGUGGUAACGGCCAGUACUCCAGGGGUCGCUGCCUGUGCUUCAGUGGCUGGAAGGGGACCGAGUGUGACGUGCCCAGCAACCAGUGCAUAGACAUCCACUGUGGGGGACACGGCAUCUGUAUCAUGGGCAUCUGUGCCUGCAACACCGGAUACAAGGGAGACAACUGUGAAGAAGUGGACUGCCUGGACCCUGGCUGUUCGGCCCAUGGUGUGUGUAUCCAUGGGGAGUGCCACUGUAGCCCAGGCUGGGGGGGCACCAACUGUGAGACCCUCAAGACCAUGUGCCCCGACCAGUGCUCCGGCCACGGCACCUACCAAAGCGAAAGCGGCACCUGUACCUGCGACACCAACUGGACCGGCCCCGACUGCUCUGUCGAGGUGUGUGUGGUGGACUGCGGCUCCCACGGCGUGUGUUUCGGGGGCAGCUGUCGUUGCGAAGAGGGCUGGACGGGUACGGUCUGUGACCAGAAGGCCUGCCACCCCAUGUGCACUAAGAACGGAGUCUGCAAGGAGGGCAAGUGUGAGUGCAACCAGGGCUGGACCGGAGAGCACUGCAACAUCGCUCACAAUCCGGAUAUUAGAGUCAAAGGAUUUAAAGAGGGCUGCCCAGGCCUGUGUAACAACAACGGUCGCUGUACCUUGGACCAGAACGGGUGGCACUGCGUCUGCCAGUCCGGGUGGCGUGGGGCGGGAUGCGACGUCGCCAUGGAGACCCUCUGCACCGACGGCAAGGAUAACGAAGGAGACGGCCUGGCUGACUGUAUGGACCCAGACUGUUGCCUCCAGACAUCCUGUCAGACCCAGUCGUACUGCCGCGGCUCCCCGGACCCCGCUGACAUCAUCAGUCAGAGCCCGUCCAGCCUGAUGCCCCAGCAUGCCGCACGCUCCUUCUACCAACGCAUCCGCUUCCUGGUUGGACCAGAGGGCAGCCACGUCAUCACCGGGGACAACCCCUUCAACAAGAGCCUGGUGUCCAUCAUCAGAGGCCAAGUCCUGACGGCAGACGGAACCCCCCUCAUAGGAGUCAAUGUUACCUUCGUCCACUACCCCGACCACGGAUACACCGUCACGCGCAAGGACGGCAUGUUUGACCUGUUGACCAACGGUGGGGCCAGUCUGACCCUGAGUUUUGAGCGGGCUCCGUUCCUGAUACAGUACCGCACCGUGUGGAUCCCCUGGAAUGUCUUCUAUGUCAUGGACACCCUGGUCAUGAAGAAGGAGGAGAAUGACAUCCCCAGCUGUGACCUGAGUGGUUUCAUCAGGCCCAGUCCUGUCAUAGUGGCCUCUCCCCUCUCUACCUGCUUCAGGUCCUCACCAGAGGAUGGGCCCAUUAUACCUGAGACACAGGUCCUCCAGGAGGAGACGUCCAUCCCCGGCAGCGACCUCAACCUGCUGUACCUGGGCAGCAGGGCGGCCGGCUACAAGCCUGUCCUCAAGGUCACCAUGACCCAGGCCAGUGUACCCUUCAACCUCAUGAAGGUGCACCUGAUGGUGGCGGUGGUGGGGCGUCUGUUCCAGAAGUGGUUCCCUGCCCAGCCCAACCUCUCCUACACCUUCAUCUGGGACAAGACAGACGCUUACAACCAGAAGGUCUACGGCUUGUCUGAGGCAGUCGUGUCCGUGGGUUUUGAGUACGAGUCGUGUCUGGACCUGAUCCUGUGGGAGAAGAGGACAGCCACACUGCAGGGCUAUGAGCUGGACGCGUCCAACAUGGGAGGCUGGACGCUGGACAAACACCAUAUACUGGAUAUCCAGAACGGCAUCCUGUACAAGGGCAAUGGUGAGAACGUGUUCAUCUCCCAGCAGCCCCCAGUGAUCAGCAGCAUCAUGGGUAACGGCCGGCGCCGCAGCAUCUCGUGCCCCAGCUGUAAUGGCCAGGCGGAAGGCAACAAGCUGCUGGCCCCCGUGGCGCUGGCCUGUGGCGCCGACGGGAGCCUCUUCGUCGGGGACUUCAACUACAUCAGACGCAUCUUCCCCUCUGGGAACGUCACCAGUGUGAUGGAGCUCAGAAAUAAAGAUUUCAGACAUAGCAACAACCCGGCCCACCGGUACUACCUGGCGACAGACCCGGUUACGGGGCAGCUGUACGUGUCUGACACCAACUCCCGCCGUAUCUACCGUCCCAAGGUCCUGACGGGCACCAAGGAGCUGCUCCAGAACGGAGAGGUGGUGGCUGGUACCGGGGAGCAGUGUCCCCCCUUCGACGAGGCACGCUGCGGGGACGGGGGCAAGGCCACAGAGGCCCUCCUCAUGGGGCCCAAAGGUAUUACGGUAGAUAAGAACGGAUACAUCUACUUCGUAGACGGGACCAUGAUCAGGAAGGUGGAUCGUAACGGGAUCAUCUCCACCCUGUUGGGCUCCAACGACCUCACCUCAGCACGACCCCUGACCUGUGACACCAGCAUGCACAUCAGACAGGUUCGUCUGGAGUGGCCCACAGCUCUGGCCAUCAACCCCAUGGAUAAUUCCAUCUAUGUCCUGGACAACAACGUGGUGCUGCAGAUCACUGAGAACCGACAGGUGCGCAUCGUGGCGGGACGCCCCAUGCACUGCCAGGUGCCGGGUAUAGAAUACACGCUGGGCAAGCGGGCGGUGCAGACCAUGCUGGAGGGAGCUGCCGCCAUCGCCCUCUCCUACAGUGGCGUGCUCUACAUCGCCGAGACUGAUGAGAAGAAGAUACACCGCAUCCGCCAGGUGUCCACGGGCGGCGAUAUCACGCCCUUGGCCGGAGCUCUGUCCGACUGCGACUGCAAGAACGACGCCAACUGCGACUGCUACCAGACGGGUGACGGCUACGCCAAAGACGCCCGCCUCAACUCGCCCUCCUCGCUGGUCGUCUCGCCCGACGGUACGCUCUACGUGGCCGACCUGGGCAACAUCCGCAUCCGCGCCGUCCGCCGCAACCAACCGCCGUCGGGCUCCGCCGUGUCCGGCCCGGGCUCCUUCGAGGUGGCCUCGCCGUCGUCCCAGGAGCUCUACGUGUUUGAUUCCAACGGAACCCACCAGUUCACCAUGUCUCUCGUCACCGGGGACUACAAGUACAACUUCAGCUAUAGCAACGAGGAGGACGUUACAGCCGUGACGGAUAGUAGUGGCAACACCUUGAGGAUCCGCCGCGACCCCAACCGGAUGCCGGUGCGGAUCGUUGCCCCGGACAACCAGGUGAUCUGGCUGACAAUCGGGACCAAUGGCGGGUUGAAGACACUGACGGCCCAGGGACAGGAGCUGGUGCUGUUCACCUACCACGGCAACAGUGGGCUGCUCGCCACCAAGACCAUACAGAUAGGAUGGACCACCUUCUAUGAUUAUGACAGUGAGGGUCGUCUAACCAACGUGACGUUCCCUACGGGGGUGGUGACCAACCUGCACGGGGACAUGACCGGGGCCAUCACGGUGGACAUUGAGACGUCCGGCCGUGACGAGGACGUCAGCAUCACCACCAACCUCUCCUCCAUUGACUCCUUCUACACACUGGUCCAGGACCAACUAAGGAACAGCUACCAGGUGGGCUACGACCACUCUCUGAGGGUGAUCUAUGCCAACGGGAUGGACACACACUACCAGACGGAGCCCCACAUCCUGGCGGGCGCCGCCAACCCCACGGUGGCACGGAGGAACAUGACGCUGCCCGGGGAGAACGGGCAGAACCUGGUGGAGUGGCGCUUCCGUAAAGAGCAGACCCGGGGGAAAGUCAUCGUGUUCGGCAGGAAGCUCAGGGUGAACGGCAGAAACCUUCUCUCGGUGGAUUACGACCGAACUCUCCGGACAGAAAAGAUCUACGACGACCACAGGAAGUUCCUGCUGAAGAUCGUGUAUGACACCCAGGGUCACCCUACUCUGUGGGUCCCCAGCAGUAAGCUGCUGUCAGUCAACCUUACCUACUCCAGCACGGGGCAGGUGACCAGCCUACAGAGGGGUCCCACCACCGAGAGGGUGGAGUACGAUGGUCAAGGGAGGAUUGUGUCCCGAGUGUUCGCCGAUGGAAAGACCUGGAGUUAUACAUACCUGGAUAAGUCCAUGGUGCUCCUGCUCCACAGCCAGCGUCAGUACAUCUUUGACUACGACCUGUUGGACCGCCUGUCUGCUGUCACCAUGCCUUCGGUGGCCCGUCACACCAUGCAGACCAUCCGCUCCCUGGGCUACUAUCGCAACAUUUACAACCCCCCGGAGAGCAACGCCUCGGUCACCGUUGACUACAGCGAAGACGGACAGCUCCUCAGAGUGGCCCACCUAGGGACAGGUCGUAGAAUUCUCUACAAGUACCGACGACAGAACAAAAUGGCGGAGAUCUUGUAUGAUUCUACGAGGGUUAGCUUCACCUACGACGAGACAGCCGGUGUGCUGAAGACAGUGAACCUCCAGAGCGAAGGGUUCAUCUGUUCCAUCCGGUACCGGCAGAUUGGACCGUUGGUGGACCGGCAGAUCUUCCGGUUCAGUGAGGACGGCAUGGUGAACGCACGGUUUGAUUAUACCUACGACAACAGCUUCCGGGUCACCAGCAUGCAGGCUGUCAUCAACGAGACGCCGCUGCCCAUCGACCUCUACCAGUUUGACGACAUCUCCGGGAAGGUGGAACAAUUUGGAAAGUUCGGCGUGAUCUACUACGAUAUCAACCAGAUCAUCUCCACGGCCGUCAUGACUUACACCAAGCACUUCGACGUCCACGGACGGAUCAAGGAGAUCCAGUACGAGAUCUUCAGAUCCCUCAUGUACUGGAUCACCAUCCAGUAUGACAACAUGGGCCGGGUGACCAAACGCGAGAUCAAGAUCGGACCGUUCGCCAACACGACCAAGUAUGGUUACGAGUACGACGUGGACGGUCAGCUCCAGACGGUCUACCUCAACGAGAAGAUGAUGUGGCGCUACAACUACGACCUGAACGGCAACCUCCACCUGCUCAACCCGGGUAACAGCGCCCGGCUCACCCCGCUACGCUACGACCUCCGAGACCGCAUCACGCGGCUCGGGGACGUUCAGUACCGGUUGGACGAUGACGGGUUCCUGAGACAGAGAGGAGCUGAGAUCUUUGAGUACAACUCCAAGGGCCUUCUGGAACGCGUCUACAGCAAAGGCAACAGUUGGACCAUCCAGUACCGCUACGACGGGUUGGGCCGCCGUGUGGCCUCCAGAACCAGCCUGGGCCAGCACCUGCAGUUCUUCUAUGCAGACCUGAACUACCCGACCAGGAUCACUCACGUCUACAACCACAGCAGCUCAGAGAUCACGUCUCUCUACUACGACCUGCAGGGACACCUCUUCGCCAUGGAGAUCAGUAGCGGAGAGGAGUUCUAUAUCGCCUGUGACAACACCGGAACCCCUCUAGCAGUGUUCAGUAGUAAUGGGCUUCUUCUGAAGCAGGUGCAGUACACGGCCUACGGCGAGGUCUACUUUGACUCCAACCCCGACUUUGUCCUGGUGAUCGGCUUCCACGGGGGUCUCUACGACCCCCUGACCCGCCUGCUGCAUUUCGGCGACCGGGACUAUGACAUCCCGGCGGGGCGCUGGACCACCCCAGACAUCGGGACGUGGACGAGAGUCGGAAAAGACCCGGCGCCGUUCAACCUGUACAUGUUCCGGAACAACAACCCUGUCAGCAAAGUUCACGAGGUCAAGGAGUACGUCACAGAUGUCAAUAUCUGGCUGGUGACGUUUGGGUUCCACCUUCACAACGCCAUCCCCGGGUUCCCCAUCCCCAAGUUCGACCUCACACAGCCAUCCCUGGAGAUGAAGAAGAGCCAGCUCUGGGACGACCUGCCGUCCAUCUCGGGGGUGCAACAGGAAGUGACCCGGCAAGCCAAGGCUUUCCUGUCCUUCGAGAGGAUGCCGGAGAUACAGCUGAGCCGCCGGCGCUCCAACCGGGAGAAACCCUGGCUGUGGUUCGCCACCGCCAAGUCGCUGAUCGGUAAGGGUGUCAUGUUGGCGGUGACGCAGGGCCGUGUGGUCACCAACGCUCUGAACAUCGCCAACGAGGACUGCAUCAAGGUCGCCGCCGUCCUCAACAAUGCGUUCUACCUGGAGGACCUGCACUUCACGGUGGAGGGACGCGACACGCACUACUUCAUCAAGACCAGCCUCCCGGAGAGCGACCUGGGAGCGCUGAGGCUGACAAGCGGGAGGAAGUCCCUGGAGAACGGAGUCAACGUGACUGUGUCCCAGUCCACCACCGUGGUGAACGGCAGAACUCGGCGCUUCGCCGACGUGGAGCUGCAGUACGGCGCUCUGGCGCUCCACGUGCGCUACGGCAUGACUCUGGACGAGGAGAAGGCGCGUGUGCUGGAGCAGGCCAGGCAGAAGGCGUUGUCGAGUGCUUGGUCCAGGGAGCAACAACGGGUGAGGGAGGGGGAGGAGGGGGUGAGGCUGUGGACGGAGGGGGAGAAGAGGCAGCUGCUGAGCGGAGGGAAGGUGCUGGGCUACGACGGGUACUACGUCCUUUCCAUAGAGCAGUACCCCGAGCUAGCAGACUCCGCUAACAACAUCCAGUUCCUCAGGCAGAGUGAAAUAGGGAAGAGGUAACAGACAGAAUCCUCGGCACUGGCCGCCAAAGAGACUACCCCCUCCAAAUCCUGCCCCCCAACCUCCCUCGCCUCCCCCCUUUUCUCUAAAAAGGGGGAGGGUCCAGGCUAGUGCUGUGUUUAGCGCCGACUAGCUGAAACAAACAGUAAAAUGUAGAAAUAUCUCAAACUGAACUAUACCUAAUACUACCACUGUGGGGCCUGAAAAUCAAACAAAACGGCUCCAACUGACGCAGAUGUUUGUCCCAUGUGCUAUACAGCGUUGAAUGGACUGUGGACUCUCUUGAAGAGAGAAAAAAAGUCAAAACUCUCGGUUUGUGAAAGGAGAAAAAAAGUUUUUUUUUUUAAAUAGACUUCCUGAAUUUGCUUUCGGAAAAAAUAUUUUAAAAAGAAAGAAGAAAUGUGUUUACGUACGCAUAACACUACAACACAUCUGGACUAAUAGAAAAAAAGCCUUCUGGUUUCUUACAAAGGACAACGUCUAUAAUCUGAUUCUACAUCCUGAUGACUGACCUUUGACCUUUGCGUACUGAAAAAGGUAGUGUUGUUGUUCGCAGUAGGACCAUGGGUCUCCAAUGGUGGUAACAAGACAGUUAAAACCACUUGCUUGUUCUUCUGCUUUUCUUUCCAAAAGGGACAAAACAGCUCCCACCAAGUGACAUCUUUACCAAUACUAGAUCAAAGUGGGACGUUUUGGGAAUCGGGAGGUUGUGUGCGUGUCUGUCUGUCUGUCUGUCUGUCUGUCUGUCUGUCUGUCUGUCUGUCUGUCUGUCUGUCUGUCUGUCUGUCUGUCUGUCUGUCUGUCUGUCUGUCUGUCUGUCUGUCUGUCUGUCUGU